AUGGACGUUGACGUCGCGGCGGCGGAUGAUGCCCCCUCGACUUCGAGACCUCUUGCAUCCGCGGGCCAGGACUCUCAGACGCCCCCUGUGCCACUCGGCGUGGUCAACAAGCUGGACGAUGCGGAGAAGAGGGAUCAACAGUGGCAGAAUGAUGCCACGGUGAACGAGUGGCGGACGGCGCCCGGCGAGGCGGGCACGCUAGGCCGAUUCGGGAAGCAGCAGCGCGUGUUGGAUGCGCUUCGACCGACAGUGGACGACGUCGUCGCAGUCGUCACCGAGUCGCGCACCGUCGGCGACCCGUUUGCCAACUUCCACACCAUCCGUAUGGUGGAGGAGUUUGAGCGGCGGAACCAGGCUGGCCGGGCGGAUGCGGAUGCGGCACUGCAACCACUUGACAAUACUUUUUUUUACAGAUGCCUGACGCUCAUUUGGCGACCUCGCGAGGCAGCUGGCGGAAGGGCGGGCACUGGGGCGAAGGCGGCGUUCUCGCCACUGGCCGACUCCGUCGCCCGCUUCCAGCAGACACUCGAGCGGGCUGGUGUCGACCUCUGGCCGCCGGACAUGGAGUACAUCAGCCCCCUUGUCCACGAGGCGGCGGGGGCCAAGGCUACGGCGACGGCCACCUACUAA